AUGACUACAAAGACCCAAGAAAAGCGAAAGGAUCCGUCCAGCAGGCCUUACAAGUGCACAAUGUGUGACAAGGCAUUUCACCGACUCGAACACCAAACAAGACACAUAAGAACCCAUACGGGGGAGAAGCCCCACAGCUGUUCAUUUCCCGGAUGUUUUAAGAAAUUCAGUCGUUCAGACGAGCUUACUAGGCACUCCAGGAUCCAUACUAAUCCCAAUUCACGUCGAAACAAGAACUUGAGUAAAUCUCAGCAAAAAAUACCGGUACCCCCGCAAACUCCAAAAGCAGACCAGUCAGACCAAUCCCACGAAGAAAUACAAAUAAUUCAAGAAAAAACACAACCGGGACAUAUUAAAUCGGAAAAUGGAGAACUGGAUGAAUCGAUAAAACAGGUACGUAGUGCUCUUGGACCGCCUCUAAAGGUGAAUAGUUCGGAGUCAUCGUUUUCAUCGAACCUGUUGGGAAAAAAUAAGUCUCAUAAUUCUGAUGAUUUUACUAAUAAGGAUAACAAAUCAGAAAACAGUGAAGAUGAAAUGCAGAGUACGCCGCCUCUGGAUGAUUGUACCUCUCAUGCCACGGUAUCAAAUGCGCAAAAGAAUAUCGAUAUUUUGGCGUCUGCAGCUUCGGAAGAGUUGGAAAACUUAAACUCCAAGUCAUUACCAUCAUUGACGGACUACUUCAAUAACGGUAAAACAGUUCCAUUUUCGGUAGCUGCUCCAAAGUCAAUAAACUCAUCCAGCUCUACGAACAAUUUACAAUAUUUAUCUAAUGUGGCUAUGAUGUCUUCUAACAAGCGUCAUUCUAAGAGCUCAACUACAUUAGCGGGUAAAGGCCACACUAAUGCUUUGUCUGUUUUGCAAAGGAUGACACCAUUAAACCCGGUGCCCCAGAAUUCGCAUGCCUUACAGGAUUCUGAUUUCGAUUACGUGAAACAGAGGUUGAAGAAAUCAAGACCUAAUUCUCCUGACAAUAGCAAACAUUUCACUUUACCUAACUCCCCCGUGCUUGGUUUAUCAUCUACUACAACUCCUAUAAUAUCCGCUAAUAAUAGUUCCACCAAUUUAGCUUCGUUAAUGAUGGCAUCAUCCUCGAAUAAUGUUAACACUGAUGGUGGUUUUAUACCAAGACAGAACAAUUCGUCUCCACCACCACCGCCACAUAAUGCUUUUGAUAGAAACAGCUUUAAGGAUGAUAAUAGCUUACCCCCAUUAAGAAGUUUGAAAUUGGAUUUGCCUACUAAUUUGCCAAUGCAAUCUAUCAAUGCUUCAUUUGAUAUGGGUUCCACAAUCAAAAGUGCGCCAUUUCCUUCUAAUAAUGGUGAAGGACGUCAUUAUUGA